AUGGACAUUGACGAUCCGAACCAUUGGGAUCCUUCGGACAAUUCCGAUAACGAGAGUGCUCUAGAUUCGUCCGAUAACUUCCUCAUCCAUGAGGCGGCUUCCAAGCAGCUCUUGCGAUUGCGCAAAGAACAGCUUGUUGAGCUUUACGUGGCUGCAGGCUUAUCAGAAGACGCAGAGCUUCUCACGAAGCCUGAGAUUGUCGAUUGCAUCAUCGCCGCGCGAGACGACGUGGCAGAGCUGCCCCCUUCAUCUCCCGGCGUUGCUGACAGCAAUUCCAGCGAUUAUUCUUCCGAUGGUGGCAACGUGGCUGGAGGAGAAGAGACUGAUUUUGUUGGGCGAUUCAAGAAUGGUUUACGGAGACGGGUGACUGUACAAGACUUCAGCCGUGCCUCUCGCGUUCGUACAACAGAAAGGUGUCUUUCUCUAGGUCAGCUUGAUCAUCAGCGCGGCGAUACAAGCAAGAAAGUCCGAUUAGAGUCCGUUGGACUGCCGCAAGUGAAUGGGUUGUCGCGCAAACGAGGCCCCAGUAAUGCGAGUUCCGUUAAGUCUCCGCCAGUCUCAUCCGUAGCGGCAUCGUCAUUACCAUCUCCUCCGGCGACACGUCUGCGAAGUCGCAAAGCCUCCAAUGAGCCGCCCGUUGCCCCAGCAUCCUCAGAGACUUGGAAGGGGAAAGGAAAAGGGAAGCAAGUAGAGUUCAGCGACGAUAUCCAAAUCAGCGACGCAAAUACCCUUCCUUCGUUAAGUGAUGAGGAGAGUGACUUGACUGACCUUACUGAAAUUGAGGCAUCGAUAAAGGCUACAGCUUCUCCUAGCCCCAGGCGACUACGUAGCAAAGGUGACAAGGGGAAGAUCGCAAGUCAGAAGGACAAGCAGAGGGUGGAAGGCGACUGUGCCGAAGCUGCAAGGCGUGUGAUCCCAAUGCGGAAGGCAAAGGAAAACGUGGGAAGUUUGCGGGAAGACGAUGACGAGGAGGAUGAACUCGAGGAAAGUGACCGUGAUCAAGAAGGGGAAGUAGAUGAAUUAGCCUCCCCAUCCCCAACGGCGACACCUAAAGCUUCUGCUAAACGGACGCCCGUUAGGCGGAGAUUAAGAUCACGACGACUACAAACACAUACACCCCCUAGUGACGGUGAUGAUGAGGGAAGUGAUGGAGAGCUGCACUCCAGGCAGAGUGUGGAGGAGAAUGAGGAGGAGAAUGAAGGAGAUGACGAGAGGAGUGUCGCAGACAAUGAAGACGAGGAUGCACACCUCAUAUUGCCCCCACGAAGACUCCGGAGUGGCAAGAUUGUUACGGAAGACGAUACUGAGUCCAUCGGCGAUGAGGACGAGGAGAAUGAAUCUAUAGGAGAGGACGUCGACGUAGAGGUAGAUUUGGAAGACGAGACUGAAGGAAGUGAGGAAACUGACGAGCCUAUGGACGAUGAUGACGUCGAUCUCGCCAUCGCUACAACAAAGAGCCUUGUACGCCUCCGCCGUGAUGAUCUCGUACGUCUAUGUGAGACCCGCGAUCUUGAUGCAACAGGUACCAAGCCUCAGCUCGCUGAAGCACUGUUGCAAUGGCGGGAUCGACACUAUAGUUCGCCUUCCUCAACCGGAACGGCACGUCCACCUUCAACUACGAAAGGCCGUCCAAAUGGCAGGCGGAAAACUCGUAGCAACAGCGGCAGUGGUACGCCUCCUGUUUUGCUGCGCGAGGAACGUGUGCAUAUGGACGAACCGAGGACACCUCCGCCAUCUGGUAGACAGAAGGAGCCCGACCCCGAACUCGAGCUUGACUUAGAAAGCCUAGGGCUAGAUGACAGAGAAAUACCUCCAGACAAGCUGACAAAAUUGGAGAAAAUUGGCAGUGGUGGAUUCAAAGAUGUCUUCAUUGCCAAGUUCAAGGGUCGGAAGGUAGCCAUUGCAGAGUUCCGCGAUCAACUUAGUGCAAUGGACAUCAAGGAACUCAAGCUGUUGGGAGAUUUUAGCCAUCCCAACAUCGUUCGCUUCCUUGGGGUCAGCAUUCCGGAAAACACUCGAGAGACGCCCGUCAUGAUUGUCAGUGAACUCUGCUCAAACGGCGAUCUCUUCGAUUAUGUCCGGAAUGUCAACCCUCCCUCAUUGUACAGAGUUCUAUGCAUCAUGCUUGACAUAGCUAGAGGUCUUGAAUAUUUACAUACUCGCAAACCUUCCGUCAUCCACAGGGAUUGUAAAUCGUCGAACAUUCUGAUCACUUCGAGAGGCGUCGCAAAGAUUACGGAUUUUGGUCUGGCGAAAGUAAAACAAUCCACGCGUUCAAUGGUCCGGAGCUUGGUCGGGACAGUUAACUGGCAGGCUCCAGAGUUAUGGCACGCCCACCCUAAAUAUAACCACAAGGUUGAUGUAUUUUCUUGUGCACUGGUCUACUGGGAAAUUCUACAGUGGCAUGUUCCGAACAAGAAGUUUCCGUGGGAGGGCAUGAACGAACACGCCAUCUACGACCUUGUAGGCAGCAAACGCCAGAGACCAUCAGUCAGUGGGCUGCGCAAGCAUUGGUGUCCGGAGAUUGUAGAUCUGAUGGAUCGCAUGUGGCAACACGAUCACCAAGAGCGGCCGACUAUGAGCGAGGUCGUCGAGGAAGUGGAACGCCUUGUCCAAAAAUAUCGAUAG